AUGCUAAAAAACAUUUUUCGAAAAGCCUACGACGAAUUCCUCAUUCUACCACUUCUCGAUUAUGUUUAUAUCGUAUCAUUUCGUAGUGCUCGUGUUGCCGUUGUACGUCGCGCAAAUAACGGCGAUCAAUCAAUGCAAGCAGACCUGAGAAAUGACAAUGAAAUAAGGACUGUGGCUGAUGACGGGAAAGCAAACGAAAAACGGUACAAAUGUGAAGUAUGCGAUAAACAGUUAGGACAUGCAGGCAGUCUGAAACGCCACAAGAUGAUACAUACCGGUGGAAAAAAUUACAUAUGUAAGGUAUGCAAUAAAGCAUGGCAAAGGUCCGACGGUUUGAAGAAACACCAAUUGAUGCAUGCAAACGAACGACAAUUCAAAUGUUACGUGUGCAAUAAAACAUUCAAACGGUCCGACGAACUGAGGAAGCACCAAGUGACGCACGGAAGCGAACGACCAUUCAAAUGUCAUAUGUGCAAUAAAACAUUCAAACGGUCCGACGAUUUGAAGAAACACAAUUUGACGCACAAGAACGAACGACCAUUCAAAUGUUACAUGUGCAAUAAAACAUUCAAACGGUCCGGCAAUUUAAGGAGACACAAUUUGACUCACAGGAACAAACAUGAGCGACCAUUCAAAUGUGAAAUGCGUGGUAAGAAAUUCACUCAAACAG